AUGAGGUCGUUGUUGUUGUUGAGAGCGAAGCGAUUGUUAGGGAGAAUGGCAAUACGAGAUACAGUCAAGGAUGUACCUUCAAAGAUUUCUUCAACUACAAGGCUAUUAUUUUUGAUGGGAAGGGUGGAGGAACUGCUUAUCUCCGAAAAGAUGGAGGCCGUAAUUUCUAUGAGUUACUGCACUUAUGAUCAGAGAGUUACUUAUGUUGUUGGAUGUUUCGUAUCUGAUGCUUUGUCAUGGUGGAACAAUAAGAUACCUGUUAGAGUAGGAAGAGAUGCAGCCUUGGCUAUGUCUUGGAGAGAGUUCAAGGAGCUUAUGCAAGCAGAGUUUUGCCCUGUCCACGAGUUACAGAAAUUACAGAUUGAGUUCCUUCAGCUUACGAUGGUCGGAGCAGACCAUGCUAGCUGCACUAGCAGAUUCUAUGAGCUAUCUAGAUUUAUUCCCUACCUAGUGGAUCCUAAGCCAAAAUGGAUUGAGAAGUAUAUUGCUGGGUUAGAACCACAUGUUCGUGUGCAAGUAGUGACUGCUGGACCUACCACCAUUCAAGAUGUUGUAAGCAAGGCAGGAAGUCUGACUGAAGAACUAGUACGGAGUGACAUUCUAAGUAGGGGAGGAAGCAAGAGAAGGGAGUUGGUGGAGACGAGUACGAGGAGGGAAUUUAGAGGAGACAAAAGAGCCAGAAUGGGGAGGGUGUAUGCAGCGACCGAGAUGGUCCAGAAGGGUUAUGUGGGCCAACACCUUUUUUGUGGCAAGUUGCCUAAAUGUAUUCUUACUCUUGAGGGCUAUUUGUUUUACAUUGACUUGAUUCCAUUUGGAAUAGGUAGCUUUGACGUUAUCUUUGGGAUGGAUUGGUCCCGUGUUGAUGCAUCUAUUGUUUGUUGCGCAAAAAUUCUUAGAAUACCUAUGAGUGAUGGACAUGUACUGGAGAUUCAUGGUCAGCGAACCGAAACCAUCGACAGACACCUUAUAUGUGCUACUGAUAACGUAGUCAAGUUAGCUGAUAUUCCUAUCAUGCGCGAUUUCUCUGAUGUUUUUCCCGAUGAUGUGGUGGGAUUACCCCCACCUAGACAAGUCAAGUUUCGCAUUGAUCUUGUACCUAACGCUAUGCCAGUAGCUAAGUCACCGUACCCUUUGGCUCCUUCCGAAAUGCAAGAAAUAGCACUACAAAAAAAAUGGUCUUCUAGGACUGAAAUGUUAAGGACUGAUAUAUCAGUCUCGGAUACAUAG